AUGGAGCCACCGGGCGCAACGGCACAAGGACGCCGUUCGAAUUCAAUGCCCAUAACCGAACUUGAGUCGACUGCACCGAGACUUGACAAAGUAUCAGUUGUGAAUCAUCGAGGUUGCACGUGGCCACUGAAGAAAACACGAUCGCAAAUGGUAGCAGCGUGGCAGGGGAAUGGUGACUUUGCCAGAAUUCGGCAGAUUCAAGACCCUCCAGUCGGCGGAGUCUCUCGCUCUGUCUUGCAAAGGUUGCUUGCAACACCUGAUUUAGCACCGAGUACUCCUCUCCAAAGCCCACGUCGUCGGUGCUCUGCCGCGUCCGCGGCAAUGGUCUCUAUGGUACACAGUCCGAGAGCAUUUGCCACAAGCACUUGCGUAAAGGUCGAAAAGCGAGAUCCUACGGCCCAAACGGUACCUUACCAGUGCCUUUCGCCUAUGUUUUCAGGAUUCGGCUCAUACGAAAGUAGCAGCAGUUGCAACAGUCGAUGCAGUAGUCCCACUCCACUAAGCUUACUUCCCGAUGGUCCAAUUCCAUCUGACGACGAGGAAGAUGUUGAAAACGAAGACCACGUCACAAUGCUGCGUCAUCAGGUAGCGCUGCUUGUCAAGAGUCUUGAAGAUGAAAAGAAACGGCGUGCGUCUGAACAGCAGCUCAUGCAAACUAAAAUCAUUGAAUUGCAAUCAUUGAUCCGUCGGAACAGUAAUGAGGUGGCCUCAACGAAAGUCGACGCCGCCAAAAAGACGUCGUCACUUCAGGAAGCUGCCUUGACACAAAAUAAUGAUAAUGAAUGGCUAGACGAUGUUCGAGCGAGGCGAUGGUCAGCCCCUGUGGACGAAAUGGAAGGGUCAUCAUCUGGUUCUUGCAGCUUACAAAAGCAAACCGCUUCGGAUGGUGGUAUGUGUGCAGAAGCGCAGCUCACACGACUUAAAGCACGGAUGCACGCCAUUGACAUCGAUGCAAAGCGCGAGAUCCAAGCACUUCGAGCCCAAUUGGAAGGUGUAAAGCGAAGUCAUGUUUUGAGAGAAAAGCAGUUGAUGCAUGAGUCUACGAUGAAGGCUUCAGCUCUUGAGCAGAAACACGCAAUUGCUACGACUCGACUUGCGCAGAAGGCUGCAGAUUGCACAGCACUAGUGGAAAAGCUCCAGACCGAAAAUAAAGGGCUAGUGACACAGAUACAAGCACAGGAAGAGCGUUUGAAGCAGCUAGAGUUUGCUUUUACUCAUAAGAAAACCGUGAAUUCCUCUCGAUGA